UAGAUUUACGCUCUCUGAUAGCAAUCGCACAUAUCGCUUCAGACGGACAUUGUUUUUGCUAGUUCGUUGUCACUUCCUCGUAAAAAAGUGAAAAGUGAAAAGGUUUUAAUGAUUUUAAUGAAAAUUCCGUAAAAUUAGUUAUACAUUAGCAAAAAACCAGUAUAUUUUUUGAGUGCUUAUGCGAAUUAUAAAAGAAAAAUUGUGAUUGAUACUGAACGACGAAAAAAUAAAAGAAGCGAAACGAGGAAUAUGAAAAUGAGAAAUUGAUUUUCCGACACAACUGCAUUCGAAUUAAAUACAUAUUGCAAUUGAUGAACGCACAUCGAAAAAAGCUUCACUCAUUUUUCACGCAUUAUAUCUGCUUUUACGGUACCGUCGGUCCACGUUGGUAUUGGGUCACUAACUACCGGAGUAAUUUUGAUGCAUUAAUCUGAACGACUCACUGUGCACAAUGCUGUCGGGCUCCAACCACUGAAUUACAUCCAAAUAAAACUUAACCCUGCUUCUGUAAGCCAGAGCAAUGAACUAAGGAAGAAUAAAAUCCCAUUCCAUACCAGCUAUAAAACUGCUUGAUAACCACUGUAUAUUUUGUUUUCCUUCGAUAUUAAGACUUCGCUGCAAUGAAUAUAGUUGGGGACUAUGAAUAUAGUUCAAAGGACAUGCUUGGCCAUGGUGCUUUUGCCGUGGUCUACAAAGGACGUCAUCGUAAAAAACAUUUCCCCGUUGCUAUAAAAUGCAUCACAAAAAAGGGUUUGAUAAAAACGCAGAAUUUGCUUGGAAAGGAAAUAAAAAUUCUUAAAGAACUGACAGAGCUACAUCAUGAGAAUGUCGUUGCCUUGUUGGACUGCAAAGAAUCGCAAGACUGUGUCAACUUGGUUAUGGAGUAUUGCAACGGCGGUGAUUUGGCGGACUAUCUCACUGUAAAGGGAACUCUUAGUGAGGACACUGUCAGACUCUUUCUCAUACAAUUAGCCGGUGCCAUGAAAGCGCUUUACACUAAAGGAAUUGUGCAUCGUGAUCUUAAGCCACAAAAUAUAUUGUUGUCGCACAAUUAUGGCAAAACUUUGCCUGCGCCAUCGAAAAUCACAUUGAAAAUAGCGGAUUUUGGUUUUGCACGCUUCCUAAAUGAGGGUGUUAUGGCGGCUACACUUUGCGGUUCACCCAUGUACAUGGCUCCUGAGGUUAUAAUGUCUUUACAAUACGAUGCAAAAGCUGAUCUCUGGUCUUUGGGUACCAUCGUGUAUCAAUGUCUGACUGGCAAAGCACCAUUCUUUGCACAAACUCCGAAUGAAUUGAAGGGAUAUUACGAAAAGAAUGCCAAUUUGGCGCCAAAAAUACCCAGCGGGGUCUCGCCGGAUUUACGUGACUUGCUGUUAUGUUUGCUGCGGCGCAAUGCAAAGGACAGAAUUUCGUUUGAGAGUUUUUUCAGUCAUCGUUUCUUACAGGGUAAAAAAAUCACCACUUCUGUUUCUCCUACGGAUGUUCCCCCACAAUUAAGUUUGGCAACCACUCCGCCAACAAAAACGAAAAGUCCUCUUCAGCAACUUCAACAACUGCAGCAGCUUUGCGAAGCUGACGUUGAGGCUGCUGCAGCACAACAAGACGAUAAUACAGUUUCCGUUGUAGAGAAUCCGGCUAUUUGCGCUACCAUCACGAACGUAGGCGUGCUUUGCGACAGCGAGAAUAAUAGCGCUUCAUCUGGUUCCCCAGAAGACUCAGAUGACUUUGUUCUGGUGCCUAAGAAUCUCCCAGAAGAUCAAACUGUCAUCGAAUAUGAGAAAAAGCAUUCAGCCGCAUGCCAAGCUGCACAAACGACUAAUCAUUCAAGUCCACCACGCCCAAGCAGUCUACCAAUCUCAGAACCAAAGCCGGUUCCUGCACCAGCUCGUCGGUUCUCGACAAAUACAGUUGAUCCUGUGGCUGGAACGAAUGCGUCUCCAACUGUUGUGGCAUCGUCACCAAAGCAAACGGUUGUCGGCGUGAGCGGGCAACAGUUUCCUCGGUCACAGCCAAUCAGCGUCAAACAACGUGCUGAACAUCGCAAGACUAGUGUCAGCAGCGAUAUUAAUUCCAUUUCGCCGCCAGCAGUGCAGUUUGCCAUUGGCACCCCGCCUGCUCGUCGGCGUUCAGCUUCCGGUAGUUCAUUGUCGGAGACGCCACCACCAAGUGCACCUUGUACUUGGCAAGUAAGCCCUGGUACACAAACACAGUCUCCUCUGCGGCGUUCAGGCCACAGUUCGCCAGUUCUUCCGUCUACAUUAGCUAAAUUGCCUACUUUGGGUAGUCCCACACUUAUUGUGGGUCCCGGUUCGGUCGGUUCACUGGGUUCCGGGUCUGGUGGAUCAGAAAAUAACAAUCAGCAUCACGUGUUAGGUCCGCGUGCAUUUACAUUACCGGAGCUAGGUGCUACGGGAGGCUUGCAAAGUUUGCUGGAUACAGCUAGCAGUCGGGCCACCGGCGUAGAAGGGCAUCAACUUCAUACUUUCCAUGCACCUGAACUGUCGGAGGAGACACUCAUGGACCGCGAGCAUAAUGAAACACUUUCCAAAUUGAAUUUUGUUUUGGCACUUACCGACUGCAUACAAGAGGUUGCGGAUUCCCGUUGUGCACCUCUUUCAGCGCUCAUGGCUGUGGGUGCAACCUCCUCUGACCAGCAGUCCAUACCGCCACAUGCGCCUGAACAUUGUAAACGAGCUGAGCGGCUAGUGUUGUUGGUACGUGCUUUACAUCUCCUUUCGAGUGGAUUGAAUUUGGCUUCCCAACAAUUACGUAGUGGAAAUCUUAAACCCUCAUCAAACGUCAAGAAUGCUUUGCUUACAAUGAACUCCAAAUAUCGAUCAAUUUUAUUCGAAUCAAAAAAAUUAAAUGUUUCUGGUUUGUUGCAAAAAGCAAAUGCAUUCAACAUUACAGCUGACAAAAUCCUCUAUGACUAUGCUUUGGAUAUGUGUCAAGCGGCCGCCUUGGACGAGUUGCUAAGUAAUACAAAAAAUUGCUUUGAACGCUACAAUACGGCGCACAUACUGCUGCAUUCGUUGGUACAGAAAUGCAACCAUCCACAGGACAAGAUGUUACUGAAUAAAUAUCGUGACGCAGUGGAGAAGCGUUUAAAUAUUUUGCAGCAGCAAGGGUACAUAUAUGUCACCGAUGAAAACUCUUAAGGUUCCGAAUUCAGAGUUUACUCUUCAUUUUCGAACUUUUAUAUUUUGGUCAUGAAUUUGAAAAUUUCUGACCACUCAAGCCACUGUUCUGCAGCACCUGAAAGUUUAUUUAAGUAAAUUAAUAUUUAACCAAUAUUUUAUAUAACCCUGAGAGCGAGCGUAUGUGAUUAAAUUAAAGGUGUACCACGAAAAUACAUUCAUCCAUAUAUAUAUAUAUAUAUAUAUAUAUAU